AUGGGGAAGGGCCGGGACCGGCGGCGGCGCCACGAGGGGCCGGAGAAGGCGGUGCAGCGGGCCAGCCGCCAGGCCCACAAGCGGACGAAGAACCUCCACUCGCAACACCCGCAAGCCGCCGACGGGCUGGAGGGCGGCGGUUUCAAUAAUGAAGAGGCACCAGAGGUCACCCUCACACGCAUCCGUAAGAUGGAGGGAAAGACACGCACAACAAUUGAAGAGGAAAACGUCACUCCACCAAGUCCUCGCGCGAAUGUCGUCUUUUCGCCACAUCCUGAAAGGGACCAGCAGUUGCUGGUAUUUGGUGGCGAAUACUGGGAUGGUGAGAAAACGGUUGCGUUCAAUGAUCUUUACUUCUACCACAUUAAGCGAAACGAGUGGUCACGGCUUGUGACAGCGGUUAAUCCACCACCACGUAGUAGUAGUCAGGGUGUCACCUACAAGCAUUUUUUUAUUAUUUGUGGUGGAGAAUUUGUGUCUCAGUCGCAGUCACAGUUCUUGCAUUUUAAAGAUGUUUGGCGCUUUGACUCAAGAAAGUAUGAAUGGGAAGAAUUAAAGAAUCUUAAAGGUGGUCCAUCUUCUCGUAGCGGUCAUCGCAUGUGUAUGUGGCGUCGUAAUGCAGUUUUAUUUGGAGGUUUCUAUGAUAACGCUCAAGAAUGUCACUAUUUUAAUGAUCUUUGGGUGUUAUCACAUUUGGAUGGGGCUGGUAAAUGGACAGCUGUAAAAACUUCUCCAUACGCUGAAUCACCACAUCCACGAAGUGGUCAUAGUAUGGCUGUUCACAAUGACGUUUUAUUCGUAUAUGGUGGUUUUUCCGCAGAGAAAUUUAACCGAUUUAAAAAAUCACAGGCAACUGUUCAUCAUGAUCUUUGGACAAUUAAACUUCCUCAGGGUAAUGAUACUGAAAAAGAAGACGAUUUUGCAAUUUGGACAAAAAUUCGAUUAGGAGGUAUCCCACCUCCAAUUCGUUCAGGUGUUGGGUCUACUUUUAAAGACAAAAAAAUGUAUAUCUUUGGCGGAGUUGUUGAUAUUGAGUCACCUGGUGGAAAGGUUGUCUCAAGUUUUAACAACGACCUGUUCGUCUUUCAUAUGGAUACAAAACGUUUUUACCCUAUUGUACUUCGUGCAAAGAAAACAACAACGGCUAGCAAGACGGUUCAUGAUGAUCUACAGGCAGAAUUAAAAGCUCUUAAUUUACAACAUACUACUGAUGAUUCUACUUCAAGUGAUGAUGAUGAAGAGGAAGAAGAUGAUGAAGAGGAAGGAGGUGAGAGUGGUACUGCAUUGCUCACCAGCGAUAUGAAAGAUAGCUAUGAAGUGAAUAAACGGGGUCAGAUCUACCCUCAUCGUCGCAUGAAUGCUGCGAUGCUUAUUGUAGGCAAUACACUUUAUUUAUUCGGUGGUCAAUUUGAGGCUGGUACCCGUGAGGUUACGAUGUCUGACCUCUUCAGCCUUAACCUCAACACAUGUGAUACUUACCGCGUGUUGUUGUCGCAAGAUCUUUCCAGUACUGUUUGGCUUGGUAAAGAUGGUGAGGCUAGCGAUGCUGGAUCUUGGGAGAGCGGUAGUACUGUUGUCAGCGCUGCAUUUGACUUUGAUAAUGAGGAUGACGAUGAUGACGAGGACGACGUCAAUGAAGGUAAUAACACUGCAUACGUGGAGGAUGACGGCGACGAGGCACCAAUGGCGAUUCCAGCAGAACUUGAUACGGCUGUAACUCCAGCGAUAAAUAUUGUGGAGGGCAUUACAACAGUAAAAGGUAAGAAAGGUCUUAAAGUACACAAAGAACAGCUUCUGGCUCAGCUUGCUGCUGGUGCUGCUGUACCUACACCACAAAAAGACGAAAAGACAUCAGAUUUUUUUGCACGAACUGCACCAUUUUGGAUAGCUAUGGCGAAGGAGUCAUUUGAAGAGAAUGAAUCCAGUAAGAAAAAAUCAGAACGACGCAUUCAGAAACAAGCAUCAUUAUUUGCCAAUAGACGUUAUCAUGAGGCAAAGAGAUUGCUUGAGCAACUCCGAUUGGUAGAAGAGCGGGAAGAGGAAGAAGCACGCUUUUUCCGUGAACGGCGCGAGCAAAAAGAAAGGGAAUGGGAGGAGUACGAGAAACGACUUGCUGACGAAGAAGAUGAAGAGAAGGAUGAAUAA